CGUGCACGGACGCGCCGGAGACAUCCGCUCGGGCCCGCUUCCUGGAGGAAGUGACGCAGGCACCCAGCUUCCGGCCCGGGAGGCUCGGCCCCACCUCCGCGCCGGGCCGCUUAAAGGGACCACGACCCCCAGGAGGAUUGAAGGAGACCGGGAGGCUGCCGGCGUGGACCGUGGGAAGGUGGGGCUGGGGCUCGGCGGGAGGCCACCUCCGCAGCCGCCCCGGGAUGAGCGCGCCCAGCAGCUGCUGGACGCCGUGGAGCAGCGGCAGCGGCAGCUCCUGGACACCAUCGCCGCCUGCGAGGAGAUGCUGCGGCAGCUGGGCCGCCGGCGCCCGGAGCCGGCUGGUGGCGGGAAUGUUUCAGCCAAGACCGGAGCGCCGCCCCAGACAGCUGUCUCCGCCAGAGGUGGCAUUCCAAAGGAUGCUGGUGAUGGAGCCGUGGAGCCUUGACCAUUUCCUAGCUGGGCACCCUGACUUUUGUUCCUCCCCAGGGUUGAACAACUCCCUUCAGUAAAGGGGCCAGUUUUCACUGGCAGUGGCUGAAACUUGGCCCUCAGCCUGGGAUGGCAGCUCUGUUAGCAGCUGGGUUCACUCCCACUUCAUCCUGGCUGAAGGCAGCGCUGUGCUUUGAAAUGUAGCCAACAAAUACCUGGUCUGAGUACUUGGAUUUGGGCAGGCCAGCAGUGCUGGCCGGAGUGGUCUGGCCUGCUGUGGGGGUUCUAGGUGGUAUUUCAUGUUCAUUUCAUGCUUUGGGGGCUGUCAGCCCCACAAAGUACCUUUCAGCAGCGCCUUGAUUAAAAAGGAAACCUGCAGA